AUGAAGCUGUGGGCUGCUCUUUUAUCCUUGGCUGCCUCUGGGGCUCUCGCGGUGAAUAGCAUAAAAGAGACCGUCAUUCCUCCUCGUGAAUGGAUUCGUAACGGACGUCCUCCUUCCAGCCAUGUCGUACAACUGCGAAUUGGUCUUCGGCAAGCCAACUUUGACGCUCUUGAACGUCACCUGUACGAGGUCAGUGACCCGUCGCACCGCCGUUAUGGAGACUACUUGUCCAAGGGCGCAGUGGAGGACCUAGUCGCGCCUCAUCCAGAAAGUUUGGCUGCAGUCGACGCGUGGCUCUCGUGUCACGGCCUUCCUGAAAGCGAUUACGUCCGUUCUCCGGCCAAGGACUGGUUGACCAUCAAAAUUCCGGUCAGCCUUGCAGAAGAAUUGCUGGACACGAAAUAUCACGUCUGGAGACACACACACAGUGGCGAGUAUAUCGUUCGAACUACCAGUUACAGUCUACCAUCUCAUUUGCACGACCAUAUCGAUGUCAUCCAGCCUACAACAAUAUUCUCCCGUACUAUAGGCUUCAGGUCAACCAUCCACAAUAUCAGCGUUUCCCUCUCUACGGCGAACGCUGAUGGCACAAUCAGAAAUCUUGACUCUGGUGCCAUCAUCGACAACAGCUGCAAAUACGCGAUUACUCUCAACUGCCUCAAGCAACUAUAUAACGCCACUACCUACACCGCUACUAAUCAAUCUGAGAACGGUAUCGGUAUUACCGGGUACCUAGAACAGUAUGCCAAUAUUCAGGACUUACAGUCUUUCUAUGGCGAGCAGCAACCUGUCGCUCUGGGUUCUCAAUUUGAAUUCGUGUCGAUAAAUGCUCAUACUCAAGACGCCUAUGAAGGUGGUCAGAAUCCCCAGAAUAUAUCGCAGGCCGGAGCUGAGGCGAACCUUGAUGUCCAGUUUGCUUUCGGGUUGAGCUUCCCUAUCCAGUCUACCUUCUAUUCGACGGCUGGUCGUCCACCUUUUAUUCCGCCAUAUCAGAGUGGAAAUGCUAGUGCCCCUGCCAAUACGAACGAACCUUACGGAGAGUGGCUCGACCAUAUGUUAAGUCAUAAUGAUCUCCCAGCGACUAUUUCCACAAGCUAUGGAGAUAAUGAAGAUACCGGAGCUCGCGGUAUCUCUUUACUAUUUUCCAGUGGUGACAGCGGUGUCGGUAACGGAGAAUGCCUUACGAACGAUGGUACCCAGGUCAAAAGAUUCGUUCCGAGUUUCCCUGCAUCUUGUCCCUACGUUACGGCAGUAGGUGGAACAUCAGGCAUACCAGAGCAAGCAGUCUUCUUCUCUGGAGGCGGUUUCAGCAACUAUUUCCCCCGUCCCAAGUGGCAGGAUAAGUCGGUUAAGAAAUACCUCGCAAGCCUUCCAAAUGGCACUUACGAGGGCCUUUACAAUGGAAUCCCAGACGUGUCUGCGUAUGCAGAGUCCUACCGCGUCUGGUACAGAGGAAUACCUACCAGUAUCGGUGGCACUUCAGCAUCAGCGCCAGCAUUCGCGGGAAUAGUUGCGUUGCUGAACGACGCCCUAUUGAAAGCCUCCAACCGAACCCUAGGGUUUUUAAACCCACUGCUCUACGAGAAAGGUUUGGCGGGCCUCAAUGACAUCAAGUCUGGGAACAAUCCCGGAUGCGGUACCGACGGAUUCAAUGCAACUGAAGGCUGGGAUCCAGCGACCGGCCUUGGAACUCCCAACUUUGGCAAGCUCAAGGACCUACUGAUUGAUUGUUAA